AUGGCGACCACAGCCUCGGUGUACAACACCUCCCGCACAACACGGCAGAUCCUCCGUCGGCAUCGAAAGGACAAACCUUCACUCAUCCUGCACCUGCACAACCACCAUUUCCGAUUCGAACGUCAGAAUGGCAUGUUCCUCUUCGACUCACCCGUCAAAGCGUUCUUGGGGUAUAUCAGAGAUCAGAAAGUGCCGGCGGAUUUGAUCGACGUGUUGACCGAGUCCGGAGUUCAGUUCUUUGAGGGCUGCUUGUUGGUGGAUGUCCACGAUCACCGUAGUCACGCUGCUGCGAGCGAGUCGAUAUUGGGCCCGAGAGAGCUGCACAGCAUCAGUGCUGCAGGUCAAGGCAGAGACGUCGUCGGCGGGACCGGCGCGGAAGGCUCAGGUGGCCUAGCGUCGAGUCUGUUUUAUCUGCAGGAAGGCGGAAGAUAUGGAGCGCGGAAACUUGUCGGAGGAACGGGAUCGUUCGAUCCCAGAACAGGUGGGCUGGGUGGAGUGGAGAUCUACCGAAUCGUGCUGCAUCCAACAUCAGAAACGCUCUGGGCAGAUAUCAAGAUGCUCGACGAUAUGGCCGGUGGAAUGUGGACCGAUCAAGAAGCGCUCGAGGUUGAAGCCAAGAUUCUGGCAUUGACCGCACCACCGCUCUGCCUUACACCGGAUCCGCAGGCCACACGCAUCGCCAACCUAAUGUUGAGCUCAACAGCGCUGCCGUCAGCAUACAUCCCUUCGCACGACUCGCCGUAUCGAUCGGCGAAGAAGCGCAACGCAAACUCGAUCGAGGUGGAAAAGGAAGAAGCCAAUCGACAGCGUCGCGACAAGAUCAUGCGGCUCAUGCAACACGGACACAAGAGAGGGUUGCCGACAGCACAAGCAGGGAUGCCGAAUGCGCUGGCCAGGCCAGGCUCCAACACGGUCGAGAGUGGUGGCUCGACGUCGGCGGCAGCGACAGCGUUUGUUCCAACGUUCGACAGGAUGACCUUCAUCGAGAGGUGGAGAAUAGGCAGGAACGCUGCGCUGAACGGAGGCAUGGCAGCCGCUCCGCUCGCCGGUGCUGCAGCGAACGGAGCAACCGCGACCAAUGGCGCUGCGGCAGGCACCAGCGCGAAAGGUGGAAAGGACGCCGCCAAGGCGAACGACAAGGAUGAAGCUGCUGACGCAGCCAACACGUCAACCACCAAAAAGCCACCAUCGAAGAAGAAGAAGAAGGCUCAAAGGGAGAAGGAAGAAGCGGAGGCAGCGGCUGCUGCGGAAGCGGCCAAGAAGAAAGCGGAGGAAGAGGCUGCAGCCGCCGCUGCUGCUGCCAAGAAACCCAAGAAGAAGCUCACCAAGAAGGAACGCGAAGAAAAGGAGCGCAAGGAGAAAGAGGAGAAGGAGAAAGCCGAGAAGGAGGAGAAGGAACGCAAGGAGAAGGAGGCCGCUGCAAAUGGGAAGGGCUCGAAGCCCAAAAGCAAGAAGAAGCAAAAGGAGGAAGCUGCUGCCGCUGCGGCUGCCGCAGAGGCUGCGAGCAAGAGUCCGGCCAAGAACGCCAAAGACGCACCAGGCAGUCCGGACAAGGACAAGAAGAGCUCACCCAAAAAGACGGCCGCCAAGAAACCUGCCACAGCAGCGGCAGCGACACCAGCUACCUCGGCAGCCACACCUGCAAGCGGCAAGAAAAAGACGCCUGCCAAAAGCGACAAGAAGAACGCCGCAUCCAAUGCCAACCCUAUCGCUGCAGCGGGCGGCGCGAAUGGAGUCACCGACACACCGACCUUGCCCAACGCAGCGGUCCAAGGCACGCCCAUCCUCGGCAGUGCGACGCCCUCCGUCCAAUCCACCCCCACCCCCGCGCACCGAGCCAUCCCCUCCCAACCGCAGCAGCAGCAGCAAAUGCAGCAACAGCAACAGAUGCAACAGCAGCUCACGCAACAGCAGCUGCAACAAGCCGCUCUGGCAGGCAUGUUCCCCAACAUGGCGAAUCAGCUACCCUUCGGAGCAGCGGGUGUUUCGCAACCGGGUGCCAACAACGGCGGUUUUGGCAUGCCCAUGAUGAACGGUGGUUUCCCACCGACCAGCAAUCCGCAGGCGACAGCAGCAGCGCUGGCAGCGAUGCAAGGUAUGGGACUGGGUCAGUUUGGUGGAGCUGGAGCGGGCAACUUUGGAAACGCGGCGCAGAUGCAGCAGAUGAUGCAGAUGAUGAACGCAGGAGGGAUGGUCGGGUUCAACAGCAUGCCGUUUGGCGCGCAGCAGGGGCAGCAGGGUCAGGGGCAGCAGGGACAGGCUCAGCAGCAGCAAGGACAAGGUCAAGGGGGCGAUAUGCCUGUGGGUGUCGGGUUGGCGGGUCUGGCCAAUUGGGGCACUGGAAAGUAG